AUCAAGGAUCGCUUGUUCUCUGCCCAAAAUAGCCAUAGUUCGUAUCAUUUAAUCCACGACAACCAUGAUCACUGCGAAUGUCUGGAGCGGCGAUGCACAAGGAGCUGCCACAGCAAGGGUGGAUUCAAGAAUUCGACAUCCAUGGCGAACUCUUGGGCAGGUCCGUGCAUCCACCUGUGAAAAUCGUUCAUCGUUAAUCCGUGCUUGUGCUGAUCCGUCAGCCUGGAGCUAAAACUGGCCAUGACAGAAUUUGUUGGCGCAUAGUUUUACUCGGGAAGGGCUCUGUUCUGAUAUCCUGCAGCCAUGCCAGGGUUGUUCACAACCUUCACAAAUUGCCGCCUAUGCAUUGGCGGCGAACUGGUGGAGGGCGAACGACUCGUCGUCUCAACAGAUGAAGGGAAGAUCCUUGAGAGCACAGGCUUCAUCGGCGGCGAAAUCGUUGACUUGGACGAUGCUAUCAUUGCCCCAGGAUUCCUGGAGCUGCAGACAAACGGGGUGAAUGGCUUUCACUUUUCAACAUUCGAAGACAACGAGCAAUAUGCCCUCAAGCUGCAGGAGGCAGCCAGUUUCUAUCCUUCGCAAGGCAUCACGGGAUUCUGGGCCACAAUCCCAACGACGACGUCCGAACGGUAUCAGAAGAUAUUACCAUUGUUAGCUCCAAAAGAUCACGAAGCCGGAGCAUCAUUGCUUGGUGCGCAUGCCGAAGGGCCAUACUUGAACCCGUCAAAGCCAGGAGCGCACAACGCAGAACUUUUCCAGCCAAUAAGAACUUCCCUCAGCUCCCUUUAUGGCCAAGGAUUCUCGAACGUGAAGCUAAUGACACUUGCACCUGAAUUGACAGAGUCGGAACUCCUUAUCAGAUCCCUCGUGAAUAGCGAUGUACGAGUUUCCCUUGGCCACAGUGCUGCCACCUACGACCAGGGUCUAAAGGCUCUUUCCGAAGGCGCAACGUGCUUGACGAAGACGAUGAACUGCUUCCCCCCAUUACACCACCGAGAACCUGGACUAGCAGGACUGAUCACUGUGAAUGAAAGUACGGGGACAAUUGCGCCGUACUACUCGCUCAUUGCUGAUGGCCAUCACGUACACCCAAGCGUCGUCACCAUGCUGUAUCGAGCGGCCCCCAAGCGAUGCAUAUUGGCUUCGGACUCCAUUGAACUUGCCGGACGCCCAGACGGAACCUACCCCGGUAAUAGCUUAGUAACUCAAAACCAAGUCAAAGCAGGACCCAUUGCCACAAUUGAAGGAACAAACACGCUCAUUGGCUCCUGUACCACAGUCAACGAAAGCGUGAAGAAUCUCAUUAAAUGGUCCGGCUGCUCAGUAGCGGAGGCUGUUCGAUGUGUAACAGAAAAUGUGGUCGACAUGAUGGGUGUUUUAGACCGAGGCAUACUCCAGGAGGGGCGCAGGGCAGACUUCGUGGUGUUGGAUGACGAGGGAAAUGUUCUUGAAACUUGGAUUAAGGGAAGGCAGGUUUGGAGAGCAGAGGGACGAGAGCCGUGGUACUGAUGAUGUGCUUCUGAGUUUUCACAGCAGUAUUUACGUAUCUAAACAGAUGCAAAUCUCGAACCUUUUCCGGCUCUCGAUGUGUGAAACUUUUUGGCUUGUUUUUGACUUUUUGCGCCUUAGACGAAAGGGGUAGAUCCAAGUUUCCGGCGACACUGAAUCCCUGAGUGGGUUCUUGAAGCCGGUUUUCGUACAACCGCAAUUCUUGAUCGACAAAUCUGACCUGAU